AUGGCGGGCCGACAGAGGGGCGAGGGAGGGAUAGGGGUGGGGGUCAACUGGGGUCAGAUCACUCCCGAUGUAGGAUGGGUGGCAACAGUCAGCUCCCCGAGCCCAGUCCAUUUAUCAGCUUAUGUUAAUUAGUGUCAAGUACUGAGUGGGACAUCAAACCCACCGUGGACCCAGUGCCUCCUCUCCUCCCUCAUCCACCCGUCCCUCAUCCAGUACAGAAAAAGGAAGUAUUUUUAUUCAGGGGGAGGGGAGAGAGCAAAAUUCCCUGACAUUUCCAUAGGCCUCUGUUUAUCCCCCAGCCUGACGGACUGGCGUAGCCCAAGUCCACAUUAACAUCUUAAUAGGAAAGUGUGUUAGCGCACGUCUUUACCUCCCUCCCUGACAAGAGCGAAUUAGGUGUCAAAAGGACUUCUGCAGACUUUAAUUGAAUCUGCCCAGCGCGGAAAAAGGAAAUCUGAAGUCAAAAUAACCUAUUAGGGUUAUCAAGUAAUGUUUGGUUGAGUUUGGCUGAGUUUGGCAGGUAGCACUGUGACUGUGGGGUUCUCUCCCCCCUUCCCUCCCACACUCAGUAUUACCAGUGAGUUGUUUAUGAGGUGAGUUGGGUAAGGAAAAGGGUGGGCAUGUUGCCCAACAGCAUGGGCUUCUCUCGCUCUUGGUUAUAUUCUAAUAAGUUGUGGCCUGCCGUUUUUGUUUUUUGAGCUCCCACAAGUAAUUCCUUGAGCUGGGAUUCAGGCUAGCGAUGAGUGCAGGGAUGUUCAGUUUUCCCUCCUUUUCUCCAUUCCCUCUUGCCUUCCUAUCUUUUCGCGAUAGCUCUUUGAAGAUGAUGCACCUGUAAACAUACAUAGGUCUGGAAUUAAAUGCCCGGAAUGACACAUUUUAAUUGAUUAGUAUUUGAUAUACAGUAUAUGGGAAUGUAGCUGUGAUAUGGCAUAGGCUAUUACCACAGCCUCACUUUUACAAAUGUAUAAUCCCUCAUUGAAUCUGAAACUUUUCUCUCUCUCACUGACAUAAGGUCUUGUCGAAAGCCCCCGGUCUCCUAUUUAUUCUCUCACCCAAAAUCAUUUCCUAGCAGAGUGUGAGCUAUUGAUGAAAGAUUUUCCUCCUUUGCGCCGUGAAGAACCAAUCAAGUCCACAAACCGCCAUUAACUUUAGGUUGUCAUGGAUCCCUACACUUGAUCAAUAACCUUCACAUAUCAUUACGGUUUGGAGCCUCUGAGGCCUGCCUUGUUCUUCAGGCUAAACUGAUAUACAUCUUCUUUUUUUUAUUCCUGGAAACUGCAGUUUUUAGUCGUUGCAGGCUAAAUGUAUUUCAAUGGCUCUGACUCGAGACAAGGCAGGGUCCAGAUUUAUUUGAACAGCAGUGCUUGCUCUGGCAGAUUGAAGUUGAGAACCAAGGGUAUCACUUCAUAAAUCAUGUUUAAAUGUUCCACUAUCUUCUCCUGUCAUUCAGUUAAAUGGCAAACCACAGUAGAGUUAUGCAUGUUCUUACUGUAAAUUGGAAAACAUGCUAUGUGAUAUGUAAAUGAAUUUUGUAUAGCGGUUCUCGAAAGACAGUCAUUUUGCCUAAUAAACCAAACUCUUACCACAUUCUGGCCAUUUUAUAUAAUUCAGUCCAUUAUAUAUUUUGUUUCAUUAUGGUGGAAGCUGGAAUAUAGAAUAUACAUUUUACUUGAAUCAUAUUGUGUGUUUUAGAAAGAAUCUUCAUGGCCUUUAUUUGUGUCAUUUCAUAAAUGUUUUCACAAUUCUCAUUUUGCGCUUCUUUCCAACUGCAUACAGCAUUUAUGUAUUUUAGGCUGGAGUAGCUGACAAUAUACACUGCUCAAAAAAAUAAAGGGAACACUUAAACAACACAAUGUAACUCCAAGUCAAUCACACUUCUGUGAAAUCAAACUGUCCACUUAGGAAGCAACACUGAUUGACAAUACAUUUCACAUGCUGUUGUGCAAAUGGAAUAGACAACAGGUGGAAAUUAUAGGCAAUUAGCAAGACACCCCCAAUAAAGAAGUGGUUCUGCAGGUGGUGACCACAGACCACUUCUCAGUUCCUAUGCUUCCUGGCUGAUGUUUUGGUCACUUUUGAAUGCUGGCGGUGCUUUCACUCUAGUGGUAGCAUGAGACGGAGUCUACAACCCACACAAGUGGCUCAGGUAGUGCAGCUCAUCCAGGAUGGCACAUCAAUGCGAGCUGUGGCAAGAAGGUUUGCUAUGUCUGUCAGCGUAGUGUCCAGAGCAUGGAGGCGCUACCAGGAGACAGGCCAGUACAUCAGGAGACGUGGAGGAGGCCGUAGGAGGGCAACAACCCAGCAGCAGGACCGCUACCUCCGCCUUUGUGCAAGGAGGAGCAGGAGGAGCACUGCCAGAGCCCUGCAAAAUGACCUCCAGCAGGCCGCAAAUGUGCAUGUGUCUGCUCAAACGGUCAGAAACAGACUCCAUGAGGGUGGUAUGAGGGCCCGACGUCCACAGGUGGGGGUUGUGCUUACAGCCCAACACCGUGCAGGACGUUUGGCAUUUGCCAGAGAACACCAAGAUUGGCAAAUUCGCCACUGGCGCCCUGUGCUCUUCACAGAUGAAAGCAGUUUCACACUGAGCACAUGUGACAGACGUGACAGAGUCUGGAGAUGCCGUGGAGAACGUUCUGCUGCCUGCAACAUCCUCCAGCAUGACCGGUUUGGCGGUGGGUCAGUCAUGGUGUGGGGUGGCAUUUCUUUGGGGGGCCGCACAGCCCUCCAUGUGCUCGCCAGAGGUAGCCUGACUGCCAUUAGGUACCGAGAUGAGAUCCUCAGACCCCUUGUGAGACCAUAUGCUGGUGCGGUUGGCCCUGGGUUCCUCCUAAUGCAAGACAUUGCUAGACCUCAUGUGGCUGGAGUGUGUCAGCAGUUCCUGCAAGAGCAAGGCAUUGAUGUUAUGGACUGGCCCGCCCGUUCCCCAGACCUGAAUCCAAUUGAGCACAUCUGGGACAUCAUGUCUCGCUCCAUCCACCAACGCCACGUUGCACCACAGACUGUCCAGGAGUUGGCGGAUGCUUUAGUCCAGGUCUGGGAGGAGAUCCCUCAGGAGACCAUCCGCCACCUCAUCAGGAGCAUGCCCAGGCGUUGUAGGGAGGUCAUGCAGGCACGUGGAGGCCACACACACUACUGAGCCUCAUUUUGACUUGUUUUAAGGACAUUACAUCAAUGUUGGAUCAGCCUGUAGUGUGGUUUUCCACUUGAAUUUUGAGGGUGACUCCAAAUCCAGACCUCCAUGGGUUGAUACAUUUGAUUUCCAUUGAUAAUUUUUGUGUGAUUUUGUUGUCAGCACAUUCAACUAUGUAAAGAAAAAAGUAUUUAAUAAGAUUAUUUCAUUCAUUCAGAUCUAGGAUGUGUUGUUUAAGUGUUCCCUUAAUUUUUUUGAGCAGUGUAGUAUGAGGGAUAAAUGUCAUCAUUAUUUCUUUGGAGAUCUCUAAUCCACCAAAGUGGGUGUGAUCUCUACCAUUAACAUGCACUGUUAGUGGAUUCUCUAAAAGCUGUUUAUCUUACUGUGCAUACAGAUUCCAGAGCUGGAGAGGGAGCACCAAGAGCGGUCGACCAUGCAGUCAUUGGAGGAGUAGUGGCUGUGGUUGUCUUUGCCAUGCUCUGUCUACUCAUCAUUUUGGGACGGUACUUUGCAAGACACAAAGGUAUGUGACAAACCCUUUUGUUUUCUAUCUAUAGAAGCACCUCUGUGGAACCACAAGGUGAAAAAGAACACAAACACACUAUAAUGUAAUGGGUUUUUUACUCAGUAUCAUACUAAUAUUGUCCUGGGCUAUCAGAAAUCCACUUCCCUCUCCCCCCUGAACAAUGUUUUAGGAAUUUGACCAUACCGCCUGAGCCCCAUCUGAUUUUUUCUCUGUUGUGGCUACUGUACUUUUGAAGGGGUGGUCUUUGGAGUGCAGCCCAUGGUUUUGGUUUUGAUUCUAAAUUACUCCCUGCCCUUCUCCAUUUGAUCUGGGCUAUCGCCUUCAUUAUCAGGCCCAACACUGUUGGGAUGUGAAUAAUCCCUGUCGGAAAUGAAGUUUGAAGUGGAUUGCUCAUUCCCACUCGUUUGUUGAACUAGGCAAGGUUAAUUCGAAGGUGUGAGUCGAGCUGAAGCAGAAUCUGUAUUUCCAUGUGCGAAUCAAGGAAUGCCAACAGAGAGGUUUGCAGUGGCAAAUAAAUAAUUUACGUACAAUAAUAACAAUUGUAGCAGCUGAUAUAUAAUUUUUAAGCUACAGUUUCCAUUAGAGUUUGUGUAGGUGUGCCAACGGACAUAAUUAUGAGUUUAAUAUGAUUAUAUUUUAAUAACGUAUUUUAUGAGAUCAAAUAUUUUUCAAUAAAACUCAUGGGUCGUUUUGGUUCAAUGAUUUGCUUCUUAAUGUCAAGGAAACUUGAGUAGGCAUUCAGGAGCUUAGCAAUGAAGUGUCCAUUUUUAUCAAGUUGUUCAUUCCUUUUCGUCCCCCCCCCCUUCAGGUACCUACUUCACACAUGAAGCUAAAGGAGCCGACGAUGCAGCAGACGCAGACACGGCCAUUAUCAACGCAGAGGGGGGCCACAACAACUCGGACGAGAAGAAAGAGUACUACAUAUAG